AGCAGCCAUAUGAGAAUACCAAUGAAAUGAAUUUGAGAUAUGGUAGACGGUACGGAGCAAGUCUCCAUGUCUCGACAACAUUCCACCGCAGUUAGCGUCGCAUCAAGACCGGGCUCGGUGAGCAGCAAUAUAACUGCGCAGGUACCUCUCACCCCAUGGGAAAGACUGCAACAGGAACUCAAUGAGUCUGAGAAGGUGUUGAAAGAGGUCACUCUCGGGAAGAGAAUUGGACACUACAGAUUGGGGGGGAAAUUGGGAACGGGAAACUUCUCAGUUGUGAAACUUGGAACUCACAUCCUCACGAAAGAGAAAGUUGCCGUAAAAAUGCUAGACAAAGGGAAGCUGGAUCACAAGACCCAGAAGUUGUUGUCACGUGAGAUUGAGGCAAUGGAGGAAGUACACCACCCGAGCAUCUUGAGAUUAUACGAAGUUAUAGAAACUCUCUCAACCCAAUACUUUGUGAUGGAGUACGCUGCUGGCGGAGAACUGUACGCUAAAGUGUCAAGUAAAGAGAAAGCAAGACUUGACGAGGAUGAAGCCAGAACGUACUUCGCUCAGAUUAUUGACGCCAUUGAACAUCUACAUUCCCGCAACAUUUGUCACAGAGACAUCAAAGCAGAGAACAUUUUCUUCUCCGGUUCAGGAACAGCUAAAGUUGGUGACUUUGGGUUCAGUAUUCGUUGUAAAGAUGAAACUUUGGAUACAUUCUGUGGAUCUCCGCCGUAUGCUGCUCCAGAGCUUUUUAAGGAUGAUCAGCAGAUUGGUUAUAUUGGCACUUAUGUUGAUAUAUGGGCCUUAGGUGUCCUAUUAUAUUUCAUGCUGACUGGAGGAAUGCCGUUCAGAGCGGAGAACGUGUCGAAACUAAAGAAGUGUAUUUUGGAGGGAACUUACAUUAUCCCUCCUUAUAUUAGUGAAGAUGCUGCUAGCCUCAUUAGGGCCAUACUCAUAGAGGAUCCAGAAAAGCGAAUAUCGAUAGCAGAAAUGAAAACACAUACCUGGUUGGCAGGGGCUAAGUUCCCAGAAUCCUUGCCAUUGUCCUCUCUGCAGCCAGAGAUAGAAACUGAACCUACGGAUGUCGAUGACAUUGAGGCCCAGAAGAUGCUCAGCAAAUUGGGUAUUCCCAAGGAGUUACUGUCUUCAGUUAUUGAGAGGGCCGCUAAGAAUGGACCAAGAAGCGCGAUAACUGGCACCUACAGGAUAUCUCUCCACAAAGCUCAACACAAACGACUGUCACCUCCAGCUCAGCCACAUGUACCUGCUCAAUCAGACAGCAAGAAGAAGAACGGGAAGAGCAAAAAAGACAAAUCUUCCAAAAAGAAGAAGUUUCCAGGACGGUCUCGGUCGAAGAUUUGUUCCAUAAUGUGAGCAAAGCGAGAAUAUCUUAGGUUUAGUCCUUUAUUUGUUCUCUAUUUUAGAAUUAAGUUAUAAUACGCCCGUGCAUGCACAGAACGAACUUGAAUCUACAAGGUAUCUGUAUAGAAUAUGAUACAGAAUAUUUGAUAUAUAAGCUGGAACUUCAGUUUCUGGACACAAUAUCUGAGUCAGUAAUUUACUGCUUUAAACUGGUUAUUCCAGAUGUUUUCGAAUUGUUAGCUUUAGUCAUUCAUUUGAGAUUCAAUCUAUUCAAGAUGUGAUAACAACAUUUAAGUUCUUUUAUAGUAUUAAUGAUGCAAUACAGCUCAAUCAAAGAAUUUCCGUUUAGAUGUAAAGUAAUUUGUAAAAAGUGUUUUCAUUUUGGAUGAGUACGAUAUUAAGAAAAUUAUUGACUCCUGUAUGUAAAUACAAUACCGUUUUAUUAAUCACAUUUUAAA